UGUUCUCGUUUAGCAAUGGAUCAACAUGGAUAUCUUUAUGUUUCUGACUGGAAGAAGAAUGAAGUAAGACGAUGGAAAAUAGGAAAAUACAACAACUAAGGAAUUGUAGUAGCAGGUGGAAAUGGACAAGGAAAACAACUCAAUCAACUCAAUGAUCCUGGUUUUAUCUUUGUUGAUCAAGAUCAAUCUGUUUAUGUAUCAGAUAGAGAGAACCAUCGUGUAAUGAAAUGGAGAAAAGGUGCAAAAACAGGAAGAAUUGUGGCUGGAGGAAAUGGUGAAGGAGAAAAUCUCAAUCAAUUGUCUCAACCUGAAGGCGUAUUUGUUGAUAAUUUAGGCCAAAUCUAUGUGGCAGAUUAUGAGAAUCAUCGAAUAAUGCGUUGGUGUGAAGGAGAUGAAGAAGGUGAAAUUGUUGUUGGUGGAAAUGGUGAAGGAAAUCAAUCAAACGAAUUUAAUUUACCCAUAGGUUUAUCUUUUGAUAAUGAAGAAAAUCUUUAUGUGGCUGAUAAAGGAAAUCAUCGAAUCCAAAAAUAUGAAAAAACUUUAAUUUUAAGAAAUUUUUGA